GAUCGAAGCAGUUAGUUCAGAACGAUCGCAGGGUCACAAUGUUGUCUCCGGUGCUGGUAUUGAUAAGCUUGUUUGUAAUCAUUCGGGGCAGCAGUUUCGCGAGUGACGUUGUACCGAAAGAAUACAGUGUACAGUUCGAUACGGAUAUUCUAGAUGGAGAUGGAAAAUAUAACGGAACUGUUAGCAUAGAUUUCGAUGCUUUGGAGAGUGUCGAUCAGUUGGACCUUCAGGCGAGAAAUUUAGGGAUCGGGGAAGUUUACUUGAGCAACGAUAAGGCAGAUUUUUCAACGCAACGAAAUGGUAAUCUACUCAUUAAACUGAAAGAUCAAAUCCCAAAGGGCAGCUACCAGUUGAAGAUCACCUUUAACGGAACCGCCUCCGAUCAUGACGACGUGAUGUUCAGAGGAGCAUACAAAAAAGGAGUUGAUGAUUCGUUUGGAUUUUACUUGAUGAGUAAACCGACGAAGUUCGAUUCAAAUGAAGCGCCUUGUGCGUGCCCACACUUUGGCAAGGACUUCAGAACGACAUUCCGGAUUUCAGUGACUCACAGCGAGGGUUUGAAAGCAUGGUCAAACAUGCCCCUAGAAAAUGCUCCGAAGCCGCACGAUCAUGACAAUUAUGUGAUUUCUAGCUUCCAACAAACUCCGAAAAUGCACGUGUACGAUGUGGGAUUUUUUGUUGCUGAUUUUGAUUCCCUGAAGAUCGGUAAUCUAACGGUAGUGGCUCGUGAAGGAAUUCGGCGAUCUUCAGAAUAUGUUGCAUCGCUUGGUAAUAAUCUGGUGAGGAUCAUGGAUGAAUACACCGCGCUGGAUUAUGACGGGUCAAUUCCGGAUUACGUGCAAAUCGCACUUCCACGUGAGCUCGGUAUUCGCAAUUUGACUGAAUUCGAGAGGAUGUUCGUAGAAGAGCAAUACAUGAUCUAUGAUAAGGAAAAAGACGACCUUGAUAAGCUGUCCAAGGUCUUGCAGUAUUCCAGUUACAAACUGAUGCUCCAAUGGUUAGGAAAUUUCAUAGCACCUGAGGAAGAACGACUGCAUCAGGCGUUUUCAAACAUUUAUACUUACUUCAAUGCGGAGAAGGUCUAUCCAGAGGAGUUCAUGAUGCUCCUUUACCAGAUGUAUGUCUUGCAAGGAUCUUUGUGGAACAAUCAUGAAAUGCCCAGUAGUGUACUGAACAUGUUUUGGUUGAUAGCGUUUGAUGAUAAGUGGCGUAUAGUCAUGAGGAAUUUGAUGAAGAAUAGAACACCUCGUACACUAACGACUGCGCAGCUGUGUUCCGAAAUACAAAUGUUAUGGCCUGAGGAUUACAACUUACCGGAAGGAACAGCACUGGAAACGAUCUUCAAUCAAUGGAUGAACAGCGACAAAGCACCACCAAUUUUGAACGUUCAACGCCUCUACUCCGAAGGGAAAGCCAUUCUUUCGCAAAAUGGAUCAGAGAAGAUCCUUCCGUACAAUUACGCCACGGAAUAUUCGCAUUUCAACCAGCUAGGACCAUUCCAAUGGCUCACCAGUCGCAAUAAAACUGUCCAUUUGGGAGGAUCAGACGACCACUGGCUCAUCGUGAAUAAGGAAGAAUUUGGAUUCUAUCGAGUCAACUACGAUGAACGCAACUGGCAACUGAUCAGCCAAGCUCUUCGAACGAAUGCCUCGGGUAUCCAUCGCAUGAACCGAAUGCAGUUGCUCGACGAUGCUUUGUACUUUGCCAAGAACGAUCAACUCGAUGUUACCAUAUUAUUGGACUUGAUCACAUACCUUCGCGGAGAAACGUUCUACGUUGCGUGGUAUAAUGCCUAUAACGUAUUGGCAUCUGGAUAUUUCUACGAAAUUGAGCCACCGAACCAUAUCAAGACGUUUUUCCUGCAUCUGAUCGAACCAUACUACCAAAGUUUCGCCUCGCGAGAAAUCUCCUCCAACACUCCACAAAUGGAGCAUUACAUUCAAUCCCGAAUAGCUGGUUUGGCGUGUUGGCUUGGUAAGGAGGACUGUCUUCGUCAAGCUCGAUCCCGAUUCCAACAAGCUGUGGCCCAGAACUCCUCCAUUGAACCUAAUUGGACCCGAACGAUCUAUUGCUAUGGUCUUCAGAAUGCCAGCGAUGAAGAGUUAGAGUGGGUGCUGAAAAAACACGCCACAGAUUUCUCUCAUUCUGUAGAAUAUUUGGGAUGCGUUGGCAACAAGAAACACCUACGCCGGGUGCUGGAGGAGCUUGUGAAAAGCAAAAACUCGCAGAUUUUGAUUAACUUCAUACGCGAACUCCACGAGACACGUUGGGAAAUUUUGCUUUCACUGUUGACAACAGAUGAAGAAUUGAUUGGGAUAUUGGACUUAUCAACAAUCAAAACUGCUCUCCAACAUGUUUCGAGGGAUACGAGAAGUAGGAAAACGCUAGUGCUGAUAGAUGAUUUGGAGAAGGCGCUGAUGUUGGAAAUGGAGAACAAAGGUUCUGGAUCAACUGAUAAGAAUAUUUGGGAGCAUUCAAAGGUUGCCGAAUUUAUCGAACAUUAUAUGAACGGGCUUGAAGACUAGAUAAGUAGCCGUGUUCAGAUGUGGAUAUAAGGAACGUAAUUCAAACAAUUAAUAAGAUUAAAUAGUUAGACAGCGAUGCCGA